CUUCAGAGCCACUGAGCAACCCUCAAUUCACAGAAUACCCCUUGUCUCUUCCAUAUUGACCCUGCCCGUAGCACCACUUUUCUUGCCUCUCUUGUCAAACUGUCCUCAUCAUUCCCAGACCCUUCACAAAUCCCAUCUUCCACCCCGCAGACCGCUUCGCAAUGGAGCGCAAGCACAAACCCGCCUCGAUCCCGGUCUCCCCCUCCAUGGCCCAACCCGUAGUCGAUCUCAGCGAUAACGUCCUCACAGCCCGUCUCCCCAGUGGCGACUCGGUCACGGUCUACCUCUACGGAGCCACAGUCACAUCCUGGAAGACAUCCAAUGGCCAAGAGCAACUAUUUCUCUCCAAAGCCGCGGCCCUCGACGGUUCGAAACCAAUCCGCGGCGGCAUACCGCUCGUGUUUCCGGUCUUCGGUCCUCCUCCCAAAUCCCAUGCAACCGGCCAAUUACCUCAGCACGGCUUCGCGAGAAACAGCCACUGGGAAUUUCUGGGAAAGAGCACAAGCGAGAGUCUAGGGCGCAAGACGGACGACAGUGUCAAGUUGGACUUUGGCCUCAGCAGUUCCAUGCUCGACGAGGCUCUUCAAAACAAGUGGCCGUACGACUUUGGCCUAGUGUACAGCGUGACAUUGGGCAGAGGCAAGCUGGAGUGUCAGAUGCAUGUGCAGAACAAGGGCGACGAGCCAUUCGAGUUCCAAGUUCUCUUCCAUACGUACUUGGCCGUGAAGGACAUUCACAAAACUGCGGUCAAAGGCCUCCAAUCCUCUCCGUACGUCGACAAAGUCCGCUCCGCGCAGACCUUCACGGAAGAAGCCUCGUCUCUUUCCUUCUCCGGUGAGACCGACCGGGUGUACACUCCACCCACGGCCGAAGGCAACACUCUCGUCCCACUCCUCGUGACAGAGGACGGCGCAGAGAGUUUCGUGGUGACCCGCGACGCUCUUCCGGACGUGACGGUGUGGAAUGGAUGGGAAGACAAGAUCAAGGCUAUGGGCGACUUCGAACCCAAAGACGGGUGGAAGAGUUAUCUGUGCAUAGAGCCUGGCACGGUGAGUUCGUGGACGAAACUGGAGGCCGGCGAUGCAUGGGAGGGUGGCUGUGCGUUUGAGAGCAAACUGUAAGGGAGGAUCCGAACAAAACUCAAUUGAUGAGACGACAUAGAACGACACAUGAAAAACAUUCAACGCGCCUCUCGAGAGGCAGCAAAGUCACGGGUAUGCUCAACUGCUCGGUCUAUGAGAAGGGAAAGAGUGACCAAACAACAGAGACAUAUCUCCGGCGGAUGUCUAGCAAGCAAAAACCGAUAGACACUCAGUCAUCCCCAAAGUCAAUACAGUCCGAUAAUGGUUGAGAAGAGAAUGUCAUACUCGUAUUUUCAAUGCC